CAGGCUGAGAACAUCAAGAGUUCUCCCACAGAGCUGACUUUAGUUACAGGGAAGAGAAUACAAGUCACGACGCUUUUUCGGAAGAAAUAAAACUAAAUCUGAGGAAGAAACCACGGAACUGCACAACGACAGCUGUUAACAACCUGUAAAACAAAGAUGUCAUCUGCAAAAGGAGUUGCUAUUGGAAUUGAUCUGGGCACCACCUACUCUUGUGUGGGGGUGUUUCAGCAUGGAAAAGUGGAGAUCAUCGCCAAUGACCAGGGAAACAGAACAACACCCAGCUAUGUUGCCUUCACAGACACAGAGAGGCUCAUUGGAGAUGCAGCUAAAAAUCAGGUGGCCAUGAACCCUAACAACACUGUAUUUGAUGCAAAGCGGCUGAUCGGCAGGAAGUUUGAUGAUCCAGUUGUCCAGUCUGACAUGAAACACUGGUCCUUUCAAGUCAUCAGUGAUGGUGGAAAACCAAAGGUCAAAGUUGACUACAAAGGAGAGACCAAGUCAUUCUAUCCUGAGGAAAUCUCCUCUAUGGUCCUGGUGAAGAUGAAGGAGAUUGCAGAGGCUUACCUGGGACAAAAGGUUACGAAUGCAGUAAUCACAGUUCCUGCAUAUUUCAAUGACUCCCAGAGGCAAGCAACUAAAGAUGCUGGAGUGAUUGCUGGUCUGAAUGUCCUCAGAAUUAUCAAUGAGCCCACAGCUGCAGCCAUUGCCUAUGGACUUGAUAAAGGCAAAGCUUCAGAGCGCAACGUCCUGAUUUUUGACUUGGGUGGAGGAACCUUUGAUGUGUCCAUCUUGACCAUUGAAGAUGGCAUCUUUGAGGUGAAGGCCACAGCUGGAGACACCCAUCUGGGUGGGGAGGACUUUGACAACCGCAUGGUGAAUCACUUUGUUGAUGAGUUCAAGAGGAAACACAAGAAGGACAUCAGUCAGAACAAGAGGGCCCUGAGGAGGCUGCGUACCGCUUGUGAGAGAGCCAAGAGAACACUCUCCUCCAGCUCUCAGGCAAGCAUUGAGAUCGACUCCCUGUAUGACGGCAUUGACUUCUACACAUCCAUCACCAGAGCACGGUUUGAAGAAAUGUGCUCAGACCUCUUCAGGGGAACUCUUGAGCCUGUGGAGAAAGCCUUGAGAGAUGCCAAGAUGGACAAGUCUCAGAUUCAUGACAUCGUUUUGGUUGGUGGUUCCACAAGAAUCCCUAAGAUCCAGAAACUUCUGCAGGAUUUCUUCAAUGGCAGGGAACUGAACAAGAGCAUCAACCCAGAUGAGGCAGUGGCUUAUGGUGCUGCAGUGCAAGCCGCCAUCCUCAUGGGUGACACAUCUGGAAACGUCCAGGAUCUGUUGCUGUUGGAUGUGGCUCCACUAUCCCUGGGCAUUGAGACAGCUGGUGGAGUCAUGACUGCCCUCAUCAAACGUAACACAACCAUUCCUACCAAACAGACCCAGACAUUCACCACCUACUCCGACAACCAGCCCGGUGUCCUGAUCCAGGUGUAUGAGGGAGAGAGAGCCAUGACAAAAGACAACAACCUGUUAGGGAAGUUUGAGCUCUCUGGAAUUCCACCAGCACCACGUGGAGUCCCUCAGAUUGAAGUGACCUUUGACAUUGAUGCCAAUGGUAUCCUAAAUGUGUCAGCAGUGGACAAAAGCACUGGCAAAGAGAACAAGAUUACUAUCACCAAUGACAAAGGCAGACUGAGCAAGGAGGAGAUUGAGAGAAUGGUGCAGGAAGCAGACAAAUACAAAGCAGAAGAUGACCUCCAGAGAGAGAAGAUUGCUGCAAAGAACUCCUUGGAGUCUUAUGCUUUCAACAUGAAGAACAGUGUAGAAGAUGAGAACGUGAAAGGCAAGAUCAGCGAAGAUGACAAGAAGCAAGUUAUUGAAAAGUGCAACCAGGCCAUUAACUGGCUGGAGAAAAACCAGCUGGCUGAUAAGGAGGAGUAUGAGCAUCAGCUGAAGGAACUUGAAAAAGUGUGCAACCCAAUCAUCACUAAGCUGUACCAGGGGGGAAUGCCAACUGGAAGCUGUGGUGCUCAGACACGUGCCAGCUCAGGGCCCAGUUCCCAGGGGCCCACUAUUGAGGAAGUGGAUUAGUUAUGAAAUAAGAAAUGUGAUUGUUUUUUUGGUUUGGUUUCUUUGUGGUUAAGGUUGCCAAAUUUUUUGUUGAUUGACAUUUUUGUGAAGCAUACAAUUUUUUUUACAUUUUUUUUUAAUUUGCACUGAAUAUAUUGUAAAUUUGCCAGUACUGCAGUUUAAAUAUUGCAUAUGGAAUAUGCUUUUCUGUUAGAAAUGCAUUGUGUUAAAGUAGAUGUUGAAAUGUUAUGAUGUCAGAAUCUUAAUGUUAGUUUGUACGUCAUCUGCAUGUUAAGAGUUUUUUCCCCACAUAUAUUUUGUUUUGCAUUUAUGUGCAGCCAUAUAAUUCAUUGUGCCUUAUUCCAUACCUGAAAGGGUUCAUAAUAUGUUUCAUGAGUUGACU